AUGUCUUCAAUAAAACUUCCUUUGAACCUAUCAAAUAAGGAUGUUUUAAAUAUGCUCAUUAAAAUAUCCGAAAGAGAUGAUCCCUUAUUAAUUGUUGCUGAAGAAAAAGAGAUAGUGUUGAUGAUUAUACAUGAAUUAAAAAGAGGCUAUGUGGACUCAUUUUUUAUUCUUGAUGAGUGGCUUAAAGUUGAGGAUAUCACUCCUCCGUUACACUUACUUUGGGCCUUGGAUGUUGAAAAUUUAUUGAAGUUCACUACAUAUAUCUACUUCAACAAAGAAUAUUGUACUGCUUUGAAUGAAAUAGUUUCAAGUGCACUUCAGAAUGAUGAUGACUAUCAUGAAGAGAUUAAGAAGAUUUUGACUUAUGCAUUUCGGGUUAUAUUGAACAUUAGGCAUUGCACUUAUUUUCAAUUCUUUGAAGAAAAUAUUCUUAGCUCUACCAUUGCUAAGGUACUUGAAUAUUUCGAAUCUAAUAGUGAACUUAAAUGGCAGUACAUACAAAGCCUGAAAAUAUUAAAAAGUAUUAAUUCUGACUCUUUAAAUACUUUUUUAUUAGAUCAUAUGAGUGCCUUACUCAGUGGUGAAAACAGUUCAUAUGAAUUUUCUUUCAUACUUAAUAACCAUGCCAAGCUUUGGAUUUAUGAAAAGCUAUCACCGGAUGUUAAGACAUUCCUUAGUGAGAUGAUAUCAGGAUUGGAUUCAAAAACAGUUUUGAAUACUCUUAGUAAUGCAGUACUUAUAGGAAAUUUUAAUUGGAAAUAUUUAUCAUCCAUUAUUUCUGUAUUUAUACAACAACAUCAAAAUUCAGAGUUAUUAAAAGGUAUGGUUGAUGAAUUUUUUAAAAAUUCUCUUGAAGAGAAAAAUAAAACUCUGCUUUUUAAUACGCUAAUAGUUGCACGUCACUGUUGUGCUGAAAAAGCUAGAUAUUUUAAUAGUUAUCCAACUUGGUUUAGUUCAUUAAGUAUAAAAAAUGUUGUUGCUUUUACAUUCUUUUUUGAGUGUUUGACUCAAAUCGUCCCUGAUGAACCUCCAUUGUACCUGAAAAUUCAUGUUAAUAAGGUUCCUACUAUUCCAGCUAGUUGCAGAAAACAUUUUUCAGAAUAUAUUGCUCUUUGCAAAACUAGGCUGUCUGAUUUAAAUGAAACUACAGAUUACAUUGGAAUUUUUAAUGAUUACUAUGAAAAAGAUGAGGAAGGGCAAGAAGCAGAUGUUUGUCGUGCAAUAUCUAUAUUUCAAGAAAACCAAGAAAUUCCAAAGCCACUGCUUGAAGCAUCAGUUUUUAGAAAACAGUAUUAUGAGAAAGUGUUUCUUAAACGCUUGCUUUCAGUUCCUGAAAGUUCUGAUGCAAAGCGAGCUGAGCUUAUCAAUAAGUUGCACUCUGCUGGAAAGAUCUCUAAAACAUUGUACAAUCGCUGGGUUUCAUUAUCUAAAUGA